AUGAAACCACAUUUAUCCAAAUAUCGAAAUAUAUUAACAAAUUUAUCGAUCAAAAUGUUAAUGAAUGGACCAAUAAGACAAGAAAAUUAUUUAUUCGGUUUUGAUCAUCUUAAUCGAAAACAAUUUAAUCAUUUAUAUGAAAAAUAUCAACAAGUUAAACAUAAUGAAUGGUAUAAUGAAGAUGUUGGUUUUACAUUGAUCGAUGGUAUUAUAAUACGAUCAAUUAUGAUUGAAGUUGCAAUUUAUCUAUUUAUUGUUCGUUCAUUUUUCUUAGCAAUAUUCAUUGAUAAAAAUGAUAAACAAAAUCUAUAUCUUACAUUGUUUGGUUCUGGUUUUCGUCUUAUAAAUGGUGAUACAUUUUGUCUUGAAAUGACUACCUGUCUAUUAUCAUUAGUAGCAUUAAUACAAUGUAUGAUAAUGUUAUUUGCUUAUACAAAAUCAGCUGCAAAAUUUAAUAUACAAUUAUAUCGUAUUAGUAUACAUGAUUUACAAACAAUUUUACCUAAAUAUCGUAUUACAUUUAGAAAUCAUAUUAAAAUUAUAAAUCAUAUUACAUUGAUUGAUACAAACGCAUUAAUAUUUCAUCAAAGUGAUGGUAUAAAACUUGGACCAAUCACACAAGUAACGAUUAUCGCUCAAAUUAUGGCCAUGUAUUUUUUAAUAAUGCAAUUAUUGAUUAAAAAAAAUUUUAAAUUAUAAAUAAACAAAAUACCAAGAAAAACAAC